AACUUUGAGAGAAUCAAACGGGCCAACUCACAGUCAGCCAGUGAUGGAAAAUCAGGCCAAGAGAAACCAUUCUACACCAACGUUGAGUUCCAUCACGACAGGGGACUGGUAAAAGUCAAUGACCGUGAGGUCUCUGACAAAAUUAGCUCUCUUGGGAACCAAGCCAUGCAGAUGGAGCGCAAAAGGUCACUUCAUUCACUUCCAGGCAACCUUGCUACGGUCGCAGGUGAUCUACGCCCCAGGCCUGUCUAUAGGGGGCGCUCUACUGAAAGCACCUGCGGAUACGAUGCAGAGUAUGAAGACGGCGAACCCAGUCCUCGCUACAGCACUGCGAGACCAAACGGGGCCAAACCGCCACCGCCGCCAUGGCAGCCAUCAGAUUUCCAGCCAUACACUAGUGUUUACGUUGGAGGGAUGGUGUCAGGAGAAGGUGGCGACGGUAGGGUCACUAUGAGAGACCAUGGAGGAAGUGACGACCAUCUUCUCACCUGGCCCAGGAGGUCAUACUCCCCUGGAAGUUUCGAGGAUGUGGGAGGCGGAGGAGGCGGAUACACGCCAGACUGCAGCUCCAAUGAGAACCUGACGUCCAGCGAGGAAGACUUCUCCUCGGGACAGUCCAGUCACGUGUCACCCAGCCCUACGACAGCCUACCGCCGCCCACUCCGAGAGAAGAGUCGCUCACCUUCUCAGAACUCCCAGAAUUCCCAGCACUCAUUUGACAGCAGCAGUCCCCCUACAUCGCAGACACAGAAACGACACCGGCAGCAACAUGUCGUAGUGUCUGAGGCCACCAUUGUGGGUGUAAGGAAAACAGGACAAAUCUGGCCCCAUGAUGGAGACUCUAUUGCCUCCAGUCGGGCUUCCCAUGAUAACAGUUACCAUGGAGAUCUAGAUGGUCCGUUUACAGGCACUCCGCCCACCUAUGGUUAUGACGCGGAUCGAGCGGAGGAGCAGCGCCGACACCAUGACAUUCUGCCCUACAUCGACGACUCCCCCUCCUCCUCCCCUCACCUCAGCUCCAAGAGCCGCAGCAGUCGAGACACUCUCUCCUCCGGCUCGAUUGAGUCCUCCAAGUCUGCGGAGUUGGACCUGGAGAAGGGAUUGGAGAUGAGGAAAAGGGUGUUGUCUGGAAUCCUGGCCAGUGAAGAGACCUACCUCAGCCAUCUGGAGGCGCUGUUACUGCCCAUGAAGCCCCUGAAAGCAGCAGCCACCACCUCCCAGCCUGUCCUGACAGUUCAACAGAUCGAAACCAUCUUCUUUAAAGUGCCUGAGCUCUACGAGAUCCACAAAGAAUUCUAUGAUAGCCUUUUACCCAGAGUGCAGCAGUGGAGUCACCACCAACGUGUGGGAGACCUUUUCCAAAAACAAGCUAGCCAGCUUGGAGUGUACAGAGCCUUUGUUGAUAAUUACGAACUCGCCGUGGAGACCGCAGAGAAGUGCUGUCAAGCAAACACACAGUUCGCAGAGAUCUCUGAGAGUCUCAAGGUCAGGAGCACCAAGGAGUGCAAGGACCUGACAGCCAAAUACUCACUGGAAGCUCUGCUCUAUAAACCGGUGGACAGAGUGACCCGGAGCACGCUUGUUUUACAUGAUCUUCUGAAACACACACCUUCCAGUCACCCAGAUUACCCCCUCCUGCAGGACGCCCUCCGCAUCUCACAGAACUUCCUGUCCAGCAUUAACGAAGAGAGCACGCCUCGCCGCCAGUCCAUGACAGUGAAGAAGGGAGAGAACCGUCAGCUGUUGAAGGACAGCUUCAUGGUGGAGCUUGUGGAAGGGGCUCGGAAGCUACGCCAUGUUUUUCUCUUCACUGACCUCCUGCUCUGUGCCAAACUGAAGAAGCAGAUUGGAGGGAAAAGCCAGCAGUAUGACUCCAAGUGGUACAUUCCUCUCUCAGACCUCACCUUCCAAACGGCAGAAGAGUCAGAGCACCUGCCUAUCCCACAAGCCCCUGAUGAGGAGCUGGAUGCCAUUAAGAUCAAAAUCUCGUCCCUGAGGAGUGAGAUCCAGAGAGAGAGGAGGGCCAACAAAGGGUCAAAGGUCAUGGAGAGGCUGAAAAAGAAGCUGUCGGAACAGGAAUCGCUACUGCUGCUGAACUCUCCUAACAUGCCCCUCAGAGUACACAACCGCAAUGGAAAGAGCUACAUGUUUCUGAUCUCAUCGGACUACGAGCGUGCCGAGUGGAAGGAAGUGAUCCGAGAACAGCAAAAGAAAUGCUUUAAGACCUUCAGCCUGACGUCCAUGGAGCUUCAGAUGCUCACCAAUUCAUGUGUCAAACUCCAGACGGUCCAUCAAUUACCCCUCACUGUCAAUAAAGACGAGGAUGAAUCUACUGGACUGUACGGAUUCUUGAAUGUAAUUGUCCAUUCUGCCUCUGGACUUAAACAGAGCUUAAAUCUGUAUUGCACAUUAGAGGUGGACUCCUUCGGCAUCUUUGUGAAUAAAGCCAAAACAAGAGUGUACAGAUACACCACAGAACCCAAGUGGAAUGAGGAGUUUGAGAUCGAGUUGGAGGGCUCCCAGACAUUACGUCUACUGUGUUACGAGAAGUGCUACAACAAAGCGAAGAUGAACAAGGAGGAUGGAGAAAGCACGGACAGAAUUAUGGGCAAAGGACAAAUUGCGUUGGAUCCUCAGAUGCUCCAGGGUAAAGACUGGCAGAGAACAGUCAUCCCUAUGAAUGGGAUUGAGGUGAAGAUAUCCAUGAAGUUCACCAGCCGGGAGUUCAGCCUGAAGAGAAUGUCCUCACGGAAGCCCAUGGGUGUGUUUGGAGUAAAUAUCUCCACAGUGACAAAACGGGAACGCUCUAAAGUGCCCUACAUCGUCAGACAGUGUCUAGAGGAAAUUGAGAGAAGAGGAAUGGAGGAAGUGGGCAUCUACCGUGUCUCAGGAGUGGCCACUGACAUCCAGGGACUGAAGACUGCCUUUGACACCAAUAAUAAAGACGUGUCAGUAAUGAUGAGUGAGAUGGAUGUGAACGCCAUUGCCGGAACGCUCAAGCUGUACUUCAGGGAGCUCCCUGAGCCCCUGUUCACUGACGAGCUCUACCCUAACUUUGCAGGAGGCAUUGCUCUUUCAGACAGCGUAGCUAAGGAGAGCUGUAUGCUGAACCUCCUGCUGUCUCUACCAGAGCCCAACCUAGUCACCUUCCUCUUCCUGCUGGAUCAUCUCAAGAGGGUUGCAGAAAAGGAGAGUGUAAACAAGAUGUCUCUUCACAAUCUGGCCACCGUGUUUGGCCCGACCCUGCUACGACCUGCUGAGAAGGACAGCAAAAUCCCCACUAACCCCACGCAGCCUAUCACGAUGGGGGACAGCUGGUCACUGGAAGUCAUGUCACAGGUGCAAGUUUUGCUGUAUUUCCUUCAGCUGGAGACCAUCCCGACGCCAGACAGUAAGAGACAGAGUAUCCUGUUUUCCACAGAGGUCUAAAGGAGUUCUUAUUCCUAUUGUAAGUCUCAAACCAAGCGAGCAUGUCCACCCACUGGGUAUAACGGACACUGGAAUGCACAAGAGCAAUUCCUCCUGGGCAAAAGCAGGAGUGCUUCGCCUUUCGCGCAUUUUCUAGCAUUUCGUAGCCAUUUUAAACGUUAAAGAACUGGACUUGCUCGGAGCACAUCUUGAAUAUUACUGAACCCUCUGCCUAUUUUCCUGUGAACAUCAGUGUCCCUUCAGCACCUUCGCUCUCUUCUUUUUCAUGACUCAGACCCUGAGCAUGAUCUUGCGUCCUGUACGUGGGCCUCUACUGGUCAAUCAUGUCGGCUGGUGACAGUGAAUUCUGUCUCUUCUGUCUUUUUGUGUUUGUCCUCAUUUCACCUGUCCCCACUGGCCACUGAUGCUCUUUCUGUGCUGCUACAAUUCAGUAUCCAGCUCCAAACCGUUCCAGAUUUUGGAUCCUUUUAUACAAUAGAUAAUUACAUGGCAGUUCAACGUAGUUCUUAUUGCAGACUCUUAAAAGUCAAAUGAAUAGCUUCUGUUAGUGUAUGUCAGUCAUUACAAGAGCUUAAUUUAAUAGGAUUUCUGUGUAGAAGAUGGUGUUUGGUUCAGUUAUUGUCAGUGUUGAUGUGAUUCUAAGUUAAGAAAACAAACAUAAAAUGAGAAAAAUCUCGCUGUUGUUUAAUUUUCCUCUUUUUUUUGGCCCAUACCUCUCUAUCAAGCAAUAUUUAAGCAUUCAUGAGUGUGUUUGAAAACAUGAUACAUGUUUCAUUAUGCUUUCGUAGUUGAGAUUUUGGGAGAGAGAAGUACAUUACCAAAAGGGUCAAUAUAUUUUUCUUCAUUCUGAUUUUUUUUAUGUAAUACAUAUAGAAGAAUUAUUAUUUAUUUGGGGACAGAUAUCAACAUCAGUGUCUUUUUUAAAGUACGUCUACGUUUAUCCGUGUUAUGAAGUACUGUAGAUUCCUUACAUAUCCUCUUCAUUUUCCUGUCUUUUUGAAUCUGUGUAAAUGCUCAGAGGAUAGCACACAACAUUAGCGUUUCCCCUGCCGUAUAUCUAGUGUUGAGAGAUGACCAAACUGAGAGGUUUUUAACUCUACCCUGUCGUUCACAUUCGCUCUCUCUCUAGCUUCACAGCACACUGUGGUUUAUGUCUCACUGAGAACCAUACAGCAGUGCCUCUCUGUCACAUUGUAAGACAUUUAGGUUAAAAAACAACAACGCUGUAUAUAGCACAAUCUGUUAUCCUUGAAUACUGUCAGAUUGUUUAAUGAAGGAAGGGUUAAUAAUGGAUGCAGUACAGGUAUUCUGUGUUAAUUAUAUUAGUAAAAAUGAAUGCUCUUAAGUUUAUUAUUUCAGUUAAAGGUGCUUUAGUUACUUUAUUUAACAUGCAGGCAUGUUUUUUAGAUUUAAAAGUGUUUUUUAAGUUUGAUAAGUGUUGUGCGUUUGAGUUGUAACGUUAAACCAAAUUCUGGCUACUGUAGAAGGGUUUUUUGAAGACUUUAUCAUGCAUACAGAAAGGGGUGCAGCAACUGAAAAGGAAUUUCUGUUAAUCCACCAUGUGAAGUCUUUUGUUUUUUCGUUUACGUGUGCAGUAAAGGUGCGUCUGAGACUUUU